AUGUCUAGCAGGAGGUCACGGACGAGGCAGUCAGGCUCCACUAGAAUCACCGACGACAAGGUUAUGGACCUGGUGUCCAGGUUGCAGUCGCUGCUUCCCGAAGGAAGGACACGGGGCAACGACAGGGUCUGCGCAGCCUUCUUUGUUUUACUCUUUAAUUCUCUCCCGUUGGCUUUACAUGGAUACACUAGCCCCGUACUAGUUACUACACUCGUAUUUAUAGUAUUCUCUUCUCUGUCGCUGUAGGUACCGCCUUCUCAGGUCCUUCAAGAAACCUGCAAGCACAUUCGGGGGUUGCAGCGGCAAGUCGACGACCUGAGCCAGCGUCUCUCGGAGCUGCUCACUGCGGAGGAGAUGACCGAUGCUCAGGUAGAGAUCAUUAGGAGUUUGCUCACGCUGUAG